AUGUCUGAGGAGGGGAUAAAGAUAACUUUUUCAUCUAUUAAGCAUCCAGAGUCAAAUGGAAUUUGCGAAAGAGUUAACAAAACUCUUGUAACUUUUCUAAGAAUGUUUAUAAAGAAUAAGCACACAAGCUGGGAACCAUACAUUAAAACUGUCCAAGACAUAAUGAACGAAACCCACCACGAGACAACCGAAUUCACUCCUCUAGAGCUGCAUCUGAACUUGGUCCUGACUCGCAUAUGGGACAAAGUAUUAAAUAUUCCACCGAUAGAUAACAAAUUGGAUAUUGAAAGAAAAUACGAAUUAGCCUACGACCGGAUCAAGAACAAACGAUCAAGGCGAGCCGAUAAAGCAAAUAUAAAUAGAAAAAAUGUGACGAAUUUGCAACCGGAGAUAAAGUACUAA